GGGCAGAACAUACCGGCAGUACCUUUCAUACCCUCUGGGCUCUGCAUUUCUGCUUACCCUGUGAUUCAGGACUGGGCUAAACAGGGUUAAACGGUGUUUUACUUUCCCUCUCCACCCCCUGCCCAGCGAUCUCCAUAUAAGCUACAUGCGUGGGUUUCAUUGACUGGCAAGCGGGAGAGGGCAGUGCCACAGCCGUGCCAGUGAGCGGAGCCAUGGGGAGGAGAGCAGCCAGGUGAAUAGAAAGAAGAUCUGCGCUCCCCCAGCGCUGCCUCCUCCUCCUCCUCUUCCUCCCUCCCUUUCGCCUCCGACUCAGGUCUCCCUGCGCUUUCCUCUCGGCACAAACUGUUUCCUUGGGAGCAGCCACUUUGGCACCUCCGUCCGAUCCAUUCACAACUGGGGGGAUCCCCGACCCCUCGUUACCAGGACACCCACCAACUGGGGAACCCCAAUCUUGGAGUUGCGGACACAGGACUCACUUUCUGCUCCCCAGGACUCCUUCCUUUUGGACUUUUCUCCUGCUCCGAUGAGAGGCUUCUCCCCCUGCAAAGAACCAGGACCAUCUGCUCAUCUUCUCUCAUCAAAUGAUUUCUAAUGAGGAAAUGCUUGUUUGGUUUGAUUGACUUCUUGGCUUCUCGCUGACGGUUCUGUCGUACAGUAUGUGCUCGCGGCCAGCUGCAGUGCUUUAUGGUGAAUGACGCUGAACAUGCCCCGCAGUCCCACUUCCAGUGAAGAUGAGAUGGCGCAGAGCUUUUCAGACUACUCAAUGGAAUCAGAAUCCGACAGCUCUAAAGAAGAGACCAUCUAUGACACCAUCAGAGCCACCACGGAGCGACCGACCAGUCGGCUGGAAGACAUCCAGACCAACACGAUGGUCAUCAGGAUUGUCAUCCCAGAUCUUCAGCAAACCAAAUGCAUUCGCUUCAACCCUCACGCCACGGUCUGGGUGGCCAAGCAGCGCAUCCUGUGCACCCUCAACCAGAGUCUGAAGGAUGUUCUCAACUACGGACUGUACCAACCCUUCAGUAAUGGGAGGGAGGGCAAAUUCUUGGAUGAGGAGCGGCUUCUCAGGGAAUACCCCCAGCCCAUGAGUAGAGGGGUUCCCUCCCUGGAGUUUCGUUACAAGAAGAGGUUGUACAAACAGCCCAGCCUCGAUGAGAAGCAGAUUGCCAAGCUACAUACCAAGGGUAAUCUGAGGAAAUUCAUGGACUAUGUACAUCACUGCUCUGUGGAGAAAAUCUGCAAGAUGUUGGACCGAGGGCUGGACCCAAACUACCAUGAUCCAGAUAAUGGAGAAAACCCUCUAACGUUGUCUGCACAGAUGGAUAAUGCGGUUGAAAUGAUCAAGGCUCUGCGCAAUGGGGGGGCCCAUUUGGACUUCAGAGCAAAAGACGGAAUGACGGCUCUGCAUAAAGCAGCGAGAGCAAAGAAUCAGUCCACUCUUAUGACCCUGCUGGAGUUGGGGGCUUCUCCUGAUUACAAGGAUAGUCGGGGUCUGACCCCGCUGUACCACACGGCUAUGGUCGGAGGGGACCCUUACUGCUGCGAGCUGCUGCUUCACGAACACGCGGCGGUGGGGUGCAAGGAUGAGAACGGCUGGCAGGAGAUUCACCAGGCUUGCCGAUACGGACACUUCCAGCAUCUGGAACACCUGCUGUUUUACGGCGCUACUAUGGGAGCGCAGAAUGCGUCCGGAAACACCGCUCUUCAUAUCUGCGCCCUGUAUAAUCAGGACAGCUGCGCCCGGGUCUUACUGUUCCGAGGGGCAAACAAGGAGAUAAAGAACUACAACAGCCAAUCACCAUUCCAGGUUGCUAUUAUUGCUGGAAACUUUGAACUUGCAGAAUUUAUUAAAAACCACAAGGAAUCUGAUAUUGUGCCAUUCAGGGAAGCGCCCAGCUACUCUCAUCGGAGAAGGGGGCCCCAAAGCACUUUAGCAGCACCCAGAGUCUUACUUCGUUCCAACAGUGACAACAACCUCAACGUCAACAACCUCCCGGAGUGGUCGGCCUCCUCGGCCUCUUUACACCGCAGCCUUUCACCACAGCUACUGCAACAGAUGCAGAAUAAUCCUAAUGGUACAGUGAAAACGAUUGGGAGCUAUGCCCAGGUACCUCGGAGCCGCUCGCCAUCGCUAAACCGCUUGGGGGAGGAUGCGAAGAGGCAGCAGCACAGGCACAUCAGUCCUGGUGCUAACAAGGAGUCCGCGCCUGCCUUGGAUUUUCAGGGUCCCAAACGCAAGCUGUACAGCGCUUUGCCCGGAAGGCAUUUCAUCGUGGUGAAAUCCUAUCAGCCCCAAGGUGAAGGAGAAAUCCCCCUCCAUAAGGGAGACAGAAUACGAGUUCUGAGCAUUGGCGAAGGAGGAUUCUGGGAAGGAAACGCCCGGGGACAUGUGGGAUGGUUUCCUGCAGAAUGUGUGGAAGAGAUUCAGCCCAAGCCCAGUGAUGGACGCCCAGAGACCCGCACAGACAGAACCAAAAAGCUCUUUCGACACUACACUGUUGGAUCUUAUGACAGCUUUGAUGCAUCCAGUGACUGCAUCAUCGAGGAGAAGACCGUGGUGCUCCAGAAAAAGGACAAUGAAGGUUUUGGAUUUGUGCUCCGAGGGGCAAAGGCUGAUACACCUAUUGAGGAGUUCAACCCAACACCAGCCUUUCCGGCCCUGCAGUACCUGGAGUCAGUGGAUGAGGAUGGGGUGGCUUGGCAAGCCGGCCUACGCACUGGGGACUUCCUGAUUGAGGUCAACAACGAGAAUGUGGUGAAAGUUGGCCAUCGGCAGGUAGUGAACAUGAUCCGGCAAGGGGGCAACCACCUCGUCCUCAAGGUUGUGACGGUGACCAGGAAUCUGGAUCCGGAUGAUACGGCGAGGAAGAAAGCCCCACCACCGCCAAAGCGGGCCCCGACUACCGCGCUCUCGUUGAGAUCUAAAUCAAUGACCUCAGAGCUUGAAGAACUUGCAGUGGAUAUAGCCUCUGUACGGAGAAGGAAGGACAAAGCAGAGGAUUCCGGUCCCAUUCCAAAGCCCCUAAGACCACUGGACAACGCAGCAGUAGACUCCAGAAUUGCCACAGUAAAACAGCGCCCAACUAGUAGAUGCUUCCCCGCUGCUACAGACACAAAUUCAAUGUAUGAUAGGCAGGGUAUCGCUGUAAUCCCGCCCACUGCUCCGGGAAGCCAUCAAGGUCCAUUUCUGGGUAUACCCCGUGGCACAAUGAGAAGGCAAAAAUCCAUAGACAGCAGAAUUCCUUUGUCAGGCAUCACCGAGGAGGAACGGCAGUUUUUAGCGCCCCCUAUGUUGAAGUUUACUAGAAGUUUAUCCAUGCCAGAUGCCUCUGAGGAUAUCCCGCCUCCACCAGCAACCUUACCACCAUCACCGCCACCUCCUUCACCAUCUUCUUUCAACUCCCCUAAAUCUCCAGCUCCCAGGGGGUACGGAACCAUUAAGCCGGCCUUCACCCAGAAUUCAGGAACAAAGUCUCCGUCGCCAGCCGUACGGUCGGACAACGUCGGGACAAUCGCCAGAGACAAAAGUAUGUUCUACAGGCACGAGGCCAACAGGUUCUCCUUGGACUCUGAGGAGCUGUACAACGCCAGCAUGGCCAACCAGCAGAACUUUAUCAACAAAAGAAGCAAAAUGCCCGAAAACCCUUACUCCGAAGUAGGAAAAUUAGGAAAUAAAGCGGUGUAUGUUCCAGCCAAACCUGCCCGGCGGAAGGGAAUGCUGGUGAAACAGUCCAACGUGGAGGACAGCCCUGAAAAGACCUGUUCCAUUCCCAUCCCAACAAUCAUCAUUAAAGAGCCUUCAACCAGUAGCAGCGGCAAGAGCAGCCAGGGCAGCAGCAUGGAGACGGACCUCCAGAUCUCAGAGCAAGUGGGGCAGUUGCGGCCUGAUGAUAGUCUUAAUGCAAGUAGUCCGUUUGCAGCUGCCAUUGCUGGAGCAGUGAGAGACCGGGAAAAGAGACUAGAGGCCAGGCGCAAUUCUCCAGCCUUCCUGUCAACGGACUUGGGGGAUGAGUGUGUGGGCCCCAAACCAAGCCCGAGGUUGCAGCAUUCAAAGUCUAUCGAUGAUGGAAUGUUUUUCAACGAUGAGCACACAAAGCAUCUCAUGGCCCCCAGCUCUUUGGUUCUCCCCAGAGGAUCUUCCAAUGCCUUCACCAACAACGACUCCAGCCAUCAGGGGGAUGUGAGCAAUGCACGGAUGUCUAAGAUCAAAGGGCCUGAGAACAAUGCAGCUCCAGCAAAAAGUACCAACUCCUCUGGUAAUUACAUGCAUCCAGUUACAGGCAAGCUGCUCGAUCCCAACUCACCUCUGGCCCUGGCCUUGGCAGCUAGAGACAGAGCUCUGAAGGAUCAAAACCAGCCCAGCCCUAGCCCUACAGAUCCAGAAAAAGCAGAUCUGAACAAGCCACUUUAUAUAGAUACCAAGUUGCGCUCUGGCUUGGAGAGCUCCUUUUCCGUUGCAACAAUCAAUGCAAAUAGACCGAACCAGAGAGGGAAGUUGAAGAGACAGGAGACGGAGAGUAAGCACGACCUGGACUCAUCCAAGGAGGAGAAACGGCAGGAAGAGAAAAAGAACAUGCUGAUCAACAUCAUGGACACCUCUCAGCAGAAGACAGCUGGCCUGCUCAUGGUACAUACAGUAGACACCACCAAAGCAGAUGAUGCACUGGCUGAAAGUGAAGAAGCGGAGAAGGGCACGCCACCUGAGAACUCUAAUGCUCCAGUAUCAGAACCCAGGGAAGAGUUAGAGAAUUCCUUACCCAAGGCCAACGUGUUAGGAACCCCCGCAGCUCCCCUCAACAAAGCCAUCGUAUCCGUGUGCUCUGUGGAAGAGCCGGUUAUCUUACCCUUCCGUAUCCCUCCUCCUCCUUUUGCCUCAAUGGAUGUGGACGAGGACUUUAUUUUUACCGAACCACUGCCUCCGCCGCUGGAGUUUGCCAACAGUUUCGAAAUCCCUGAAGAUGCUUCGCAAAUGCCACCCGCUACUCUGGCUGAUUUGUUGAUUCAGAGGAAGAACGGAGCUUUUCUUCCACCUUCAUUUAAUCCCAAUGUUGCCUCGAAUUCUAUAGAUAGCAAAAGGCCAGCGGUCCUGACUAACUGCCUGCCCACCUCUUUCAUGCAGCACCCCGAAAGCUUCGAUAACGUGACUGACUCUGGGAUCGAAGAGGCGGACAGCCGAAGUGGCAGCGACCAUCACUUAGAGACGACGAGCACUAUUUCCACUGUUUCCAGUAUAUCGACCUUGUCUUCGGAGGGGGGAGAGAACCUGGACACAUGUACAGUCUAUGCAGAUGGGCAAGCGUUUCUAGUGGACAAACCCCCUGUACCUCCAAAGCCAAAAGUGAAGCCCAUAAUCAACAAAAGCAAUGCACUUUAUAAGGAUGCUGUUCUAGAAGAGAACCUAGAUAAUUUUCCAGUCCCCCCUCCUGCUCCACCUCCUCUACCUUUAAGUAUUCAGCCCAGCAUGACCAAAGCUGGACAGCAAAGGACCUCCAAGUUAUGGGGCGACAACACGGAAGUCAAAAGCCCAGUCAUGCCAAGCCCCAAAGCCAAUGUUAUUAGUGAACUGAAUUCCAUUUUGCAACAGAUGAACAGAGAGAAAGCUACAAAGCCAGGGGAAGGGUUGGAUUCACCCACUGGCAUGAAAACUGCAAAUCUCAGCACAAGGGGCACAGAUGCCUUGAGUACAGUCUCAGGUAACAGAAGUACCACGGUCACUUUCACCAUCCGCCCUGGAGCCAACCAGCCAAUCUCGUUACAGAACAGGACACCCGAGUUUGAGGGCCGGGUUACAGGAAUGCGCCGCGCCCCCAGCCCUGUGGUAUCACCAGCCGAGAUCACGAGAGAUAUAAAGCCCGGCCCCCUGUCGGCUCCACCGGCCUCCAUGUCCGACGUCUUUAUCUUACCCAGUCAGCCCCCCUCAGGGGACAUGUUUGGGAUGAGCAUGGGGAGAAGUAGAUCCCCUUCCCCUUCCAUUUUACAGCAGCCAAUCUCAAAUAAGCCUUUUUCUGCAAAGCCGGUCCACAUGUGGACUAAACAGGACGUGGCAGACUGGCUGGAAAGCCUCCAUCUAGGAGAACACAAAGAGAUGUUUAUGGAUAAUGAAAUAGAUGGAACCCACUUACCGAACCUUCAAAAGGAAGAUCUAAUAGACCUCGGAGUCACCAGAGUCGGCCACCGGAUGAACAUAGAGCGAGCUUUAAAGCAGCUUUUGGACAGAUAAAAGUACCUAGCGUUGCCUCGACGACUUUUUCUCCCCCCCUUUUCCACGACCCUUGUCUUUCCGACGGGCGAAUUUCUAAAUGGGGGUCCCUGAAAACAAAUUGAAUUAUCUUUCGUUACCGCAAGUUUAAAUAGCUGUACAGAUAAUUUAUAAAGCACAAUAUUUUACGGAGAUCAAGUGGCUGGUCUACUGGGCUGCCAUGGUGCCACUUUGGUUCUAGAAAGAAAAAAAAAAAAACGAAAAAAAACUUUUGUGAUUUAAUAAUACUAUUUCUGUGGAAUAAUUAUUAUAAAAAAAAAACGAAAAAAAAAAAAAAACAAAAGAUCGACCUUUUUAAAUCGGCCUCAUUUGGAUGCACCAGAACCAGCUGAGCUGCGUUUCAUUUUUUGUAUCUUUGCUAGAACUUCUUCAUAGAAGGAUAAAUAUUUCAACGAUGGGUAUAAAUCGUGCAGCAUUUAGUAAAUAUAUAGAAAUAUAAAUAUAUAUAUAUAUAGAGAGAGAUAUUUAAAAAAAAAAAGAAAAAAAAGCAAUUUUAUGUAAAAGCCCCAAUGGAAACAAGUCAUUUACUCCUCUUCGGUAUCAGAGGAACCUUCGAGAUUUGGCUCCGUAAGAACUCGGACGGGUUAGAAGUUUUAUGUCUGUUCCUUUGCAGGUCUCUAUAUGAAAUAUAAUUAAACCAGUGUCUUUAUUAGUCCCAGGGCCGGUUUUAGGGUACAGCAUAACAUUUUGAUAUAUCCGGGAUAUAUUAGGGGGGAGUUUCAGAGUUAACAUUGGAGGACUUUAGGUUAGAACCUCCACAGAUGGUCAUGGUCAUCCUGAAGUCCUCCAACUGCAGCUCUCCGAAUCAGAACAACACUUGGAUUUGGUGUUCAGCCAUGGUGCAAGGACUGCAGAUUGGGCUGUGGGAUCUCAGUUGGAGGACUUCAGGAUGAACAUGACCAUGUGUGGAGGUUCUAACCUAAAGUCAUCCAACUGAGAUCCAACAGCCCAAUCUGCAGUCCUUGCACCAUGGCUGAACACCAAAUCCAAUAACUCUUGGAAUUUGAGUUAACCACAGUUUAAAGACUGCAUGUUGGACAUUUUGCUUCCUUAGAUGGUCGUGCAGAAUGACUGAACUUGUCCAACCUGAAGUCCUCUGAUAUCCAUCUAACUUGAAGUCCUCCAGCUGCUUCUUUCAGAAUCUAGCCGCCAUUUGGAAUUAGAAUUCAACUGCAGGUUGGGCAUUUUACCAUCUCAGAUGGUCAUGCAAACAGGCUAAUGCAGUGAUCCCCAACCAGUGGCUCAGGGGCAACAUGUUGCUCCCCAACCCCUUGGAUGUUGCUCUCAGUGCCCCAAAACCAGGUAGUUAUUUUUGAAUUCCUGACUUGGGGGCAAGUUUUGGUUGAAUAAAAACAAGAUUUCCUACCAAAUAAAGCCCCUGUAAGCUGAUAGGGUGCAUAGAGGCUGCCUAAUAGCCAAUCACAGCCCUUAUUUGGCACCUCCAUGAACUUUUAUGGUGCUUGUGUUGCUCUCCAAGUCUUUUUACAUUUGACUGUGGCUCACGAGUAAGAACGUUUAGGGACCCCAGGGCUCUCAGUUGGGACCCUUAAGGUUGGAAAUGUUCCCAAUCUGAAGUCCUCCAACUGCAAGUUGGAAUUGGGCGUUCAAGCACGGCUUAUGAACUGUAGGUGGAUCAGUCAGGGGGUCGUGCAGAUAGGCAGUUGGAGGACUUCAGGUUGGAUAUCUGUUCACAUUAAAGUCUCCAUCCACAACUCUUUUCAGUUGAAGUUGAAGUUCCAUCAACAGUCAAAGGGUUACAGGUUGGCCGUGGCCCCUCUCUUGUCUAUUUCCGUCCCUGAUAAAUACCAUAAAUCAUUUUUUCCACGAUCAGCUGGGUAAAGACUGUACAUGUAAACAAAAUUCUCCAUUCUUAUUUCUGUUCUACAGCCAUUCUCCUGUAGUGGAACCUUCCGCUCUGUUACAAAGCGAACAGAUGGGUUUUUGCAGCCAUCAUUGUCUUCCACUUGGUGAUUCCGGAAUUAAAUAUUGAAACCACAAAGGCCAUGCAACUUUUUUUUUUAUUGUUAGAUGCAUAUGGUAUUACCUCUAUACAAUGUGCCAGAAACCCGAGUCUGGGGGUGGGGGGCUCUGCUCGUAGGAAAUCCUCAGGCUCCGCUGUGUCGACCCAUGCUCUGAAGGCCUCGUUUCCAAGAGGAAAUGCGCAUUUUCCUUGUAUAUGUUCAGGCACUUAACGCAAAUAUGUAUUUAGUAGAAACAAGAGAAACAUUUUAAAGAGCUAAUAAAAUAGUAUAUUUUUACAUGGUGUCUUAUGAAAGGUUGUAUGGGGCGUAGGCUAUGAAUCGUUAACGUUUGCUAAUUACAAUGAUUUGCCAUAAUUACUUUGCGUAUGAACCAUUUGGGGGUGGGAUCAUCCUCCAGUCCUUCCACUGAUCCCAAAUGGGGACGUGGAAUUAGGAGUCGGCCUUGGAGCUCAUUGGGUGGAGUUCAUUGGGUGGAGCUCAUGGGGUGGAGCUCAAUGGGUGGAGUUCAUUGGGUGGAGCUCAUGGAGUGGAGCUCAAUGGAUGGAGCUCAUUGGGUGGAGCUCAUGGAGUGGAGCUCAUUGGGUGGAGCUCAAUGGGUGGAGCUCUGCUGUGGCGACUCAACCUAUCACAGUGCUCGAUACGACACGUAGGGAUAUAGGUUUAGAAUUUUUUGUUACAUAGUGUAAUUUAACACAUUUUUUUCCCUUACCUCUCUAGUUUAUGUCAUUUUUGUGCAUACGACACCGACAUUUUUACAAAAAUUUCAAAAAAAAAAUUGUAAAUUGUGUAAAAUCUGCACAGCAGCCAGUGACGGAGAAUUUCUUUUUUUUUUUUGUUUUUUUUAAUUCAUUCUCUUAUACAGAUGACUAGGUGUGACUGUUGAUUUAAUACUUUAGGGGGCGGGGUUAUAGUGAUUGAAAAUGUCAACCCUUUCGGAAUAAAUCAAUUUCAUCAGAGCCAGAAAUCCAAAAAGAAUUCCCCCCCCCCCCCCCACUGAGACAAAAACAAGAAAUAUUUAUUUUUCGAGUCCGUUCCUCGCUCAGUUUCGUAUUACCGGCCUGUGUUCACGUUGUUAAUGUUUGCUGUAAUUUUGUGCUUUAAUUACCAUAAUGAACGAACAAAUUUAAAAAAAAAAACAAAAAAAACCAAGCUACUGUAAUUGCACUUUUUUUCUCCAAAUCCUCGAUACUAUUGUAUGGCAACCAAAUUACUGUAAAAAAAAAGAAAAUAAAUAUCCUAUUGCACUAAGGGUGUGGCUCUGAUUACAGGCAAAUGUUCUGUUUGGACUCAAUAAAAUGACAAACGUUGCCAAA